AUGGAUCCAGAAGCCGCGAGAAGUGCAAGAGAAUCUUUGGACCUAGCAUUUCACAUGUCCAAUAUACUCGACACGGGUUUAGACCGCCAUGCACUGUCUAUUCUCAUUGCCCUCUGUGAUCUUGGGGUCAAUCCUGAAUCACUUGCUGCUAUUGUCAAGGAACUUAGAAAAGAGAGGCCCCCACUGUCAUCAUUGCAUCCCACACCUCCUUCUUAA